CAGCUGUGUUGUGUUUACAGAUGUUGGCAGGAGCUGUAUUAUCAUUACAUUGGGGGGGAAGAACAUUAUGCUGGACUGUGGUAUGCACAUGGGCUAUAAUGAUGAGAGGCGGUUCCCAGACUUCAGCUAUAUCACCAAAAAUGGAAGUCUGACAGAACAUUUGGACUGUGUUAUUAUCAGCCAUUUUCACCUGGAUCACUGUGGUGCUCUGCCAUUCAUGUCUGAAAUGGUCGGCUAUGAUGGACCGAUCUACAUGACACAUCCUACCAAAGCCAUCUGCCCCAUUUUACUAGAAGAUUUCAGGAAGAUCAUGGUGGACAGGAAAGGAGAGCUGAACUUCUUUACAUCAGAGAUGAUAAAGACAUGCAUGAAGAAAGCUGUGGCUGUCAACCUGCAUCAAACAAUUCAAGUUGAUGAUGAGAUGGAGAUUAAAGCUUAUUAUGCAGGCCAUGUCCUGGGAGCAGCCAUGUUUUACAUCCGGGUAGGACAGCAGUCUGUGGUGUACACGGGGGAUUACAACAUGACUCCAGACCGACAUCUUGGAUCUGCGUGGAUAGACAAAUGCCGACCUGACCUCCUCAUCACAGAGUCGACCUACGCCACAACAAUUCGCGAUUCCAAACGCUGUCGGGAAAGAGAUUUCCUCAAGAAGGUGCACGACUGUGUGGAGAAAGGUGGCAAAGUUCUUAUUCCUGUGUUUGCUCUGGGAAGGGCUCAGGAGUUGUGUAUUUUACUGGAGUCUUACUGGGAGAGAAUGAAUCUCAAAGUCCCUAUAUACUUCUCACUUGGCUUGACUGAAAAGGCCAAUCAUUACUAUAAACUGUUUAUCACAUGGACUAGUCAGAAGAUCAAAAAGACAUUUGUGCAGAGGAACAUGUUUGAGUUCAACCACAUACGGGCUUUUGACAAGGCUUACAUCGACAACCCUGGUCCGAUGGUUGUUUUUGCCACGCCUGGAAUGUUGCAUGCUGGUCUGUCGUUACAAAUCUUCAAAAAGUGGGCUCCAAAUGAAAACAAUAUGGUAAUUAUGCCAGGAUACUGUGUAGCGGGUACAAUUGGACACAAGAUUCUGAAUGGUAUGCGCAGGCUAGAGAUGGAAAAUAAGCAGACGCUUGAGGUGAAACUGUCGGUACAGUACAUGUCGUUCAGCGCGCAUGCAGAUGCUAAGGGAAUCAUGCAGUUGAUUUCUCAGUGUGAACCCAGGAAUGUGUUACUCGUUCAUGGGGAAGCUGCCAAGAUGGACUUCCUCAAAACAAAAAUACAACAAGAGUUUGGAAUUGACUGUUUCAAACCAGCCAAUGGAGAAACAGUCUCCAUAGCAACCCAACACAACAUCCCUGUAGAUAUAUCACUGAGUUUGUUGAAGAGAGAAGCUGCAGCUGCAGCACUGGUUCCACCAGACCCAAAGAAACCCAGAAUUCUGCAUGGAGCUCUUCUCAUGAAGGGAAAUAAGCUACAGCUGGUAGAGCCUGCGUCUGCCAUGAGAGAGCUGGGAAUAGAUGAGCACCAUAUCCGCUUUACCUCCACUGUGUCCAUAGAAGAUGAUGGUCCACCCUCCAAUACUGCAGACAAGAUAUACCAGAUGGUCAAGAGUAAACUGAGAGAGUACCCGGCGCAGUAUUCCACUGAUGGCUCCAUAACUAUCUCUGAGUCUGUGCUUGUCAAGGUGUCUGGUGAGGAUGAGAAUAAAGACAUUCUGGUGUCCUGGUCACAUCAGGAUGAAGAUCUCGGCAGUUAUUUGUUGAAGCUGCUUCGUGGAGGAUUACGCUGAUCAUCUGCACUGUUAAUGCUCAAACUGCUGCAAGGAACAACACUGUGGCUGUCUACCCAAACUGCUUAAAGGAGAAUUACACUGAAGUCUGUCCACCCAAUUAUACUGGUUCACGCCUUGAUGUAGUUGUCUGUGUUCAGAGACAAGGAGAUAAGAACAGUUGACCUGGUCUCAGCUCCACAAUAGCUACAGUUAAGAACUAAAGACAGACAGCAUGCAGUAGGAGUGUUGUGAUAUGACUGUCUAUGCCAGUCUGCUACAUCUUCAAGUGUAGCCUACUGCUGAUCCGUGCUCACUUUCCAUCACCGGGGAACUCCAUGGUAGUCUUCCUCAGUUGUUUUGUGGGGGUAAUUCUGAAGUAUAGAAGGUUAUUUUUUGCCCAUAUUUUAAGCAUUACUUGGUACAAAACUUUGUUUGGAGAGCAGAGGCAAUCAUUGAUUCAGAAUAGAUCCAGACAUGUCUUGUGACACCAUAUUGUAUAUUCCAAGCUUUCAAAAGCACCUUAUCCAGACAAUUCCAAAAACCAUUCAGAAGAGUGGUUAUACAUGUAUGUAGGAAAUCAAAAGUGUAAAUAAAAAAAUGGUCUCUGCAUUUGUUAAAAUAACCUUACCAAAAUGCAGGACAAACUUUCUUGUGUUCAUUUUCCUUCACAUCAUGACGUUUUUUAAGAAUAUUUUCUUCAACAUAAAUUGGAAUGACUGCCUAUCAAUGCCAAGGACAGACAAGGUGCCAUUUGCAUGGUCUAACAUUAUUGAAGACCACUUGCCUUCCACCAAUAUGGUGUGCAUAUCUAUGCAUCGCACAGGGGGAAAGUUUACCUGCCAAAGGUGGGUGGUAUUCCCUGGGCACUCUGGUUUCCUCCGCCAAUAAAACUGACUGCCAUAGGGGAGACAUUCUUCAGUAUAGCAUUAAAAAAAAUUGACUGCCAGUUGUAAACAUUGUGUACAGUCAAUUGAUCUAGAUGUAUGCCUGAAAUUCAUUGCUUGUAUACACUGAUGUAUGCUUAUUACCUUGAUAUAAAAAUUUGUACUGGAAUCCCUACUGUGAUCUACUGU